AUGUCCCUCCCACCAAACAUCCACGUCUCCACCCACCCCUGCCUUCAGGCUAAGCUCUCCCAGCUCCGCUCCGCAAGCACUAGUCCCCGUGAAACAAGGGCCCUCAUCCAUGAUAUUUCGUCGAUAUUAGGUGUUGAAGCUUUUGCAAAGGGACUUACGGUUACGAAGACGGGGAUGGAUCGUACUCCACUCGGCGCAGAGUAUGAAACGCAGGGAAUCGAUCCAGCCGAUGUGGCCCUGGUACCGAUUCUGAGAUCCGGGUUGGGAAUGGUUGAGGCUCUAAACUCCCUCCUCCCAACCCCCGUCCCAAUCUACCACCUAGGCCUAUUCCGGGAAAAAAUCACCCUACAGCCUGUAGAAUACUAUAACAACCUCCCCUUCCACCGAAACGAACUCUCAGCACAAAGUCCCGCGCUUCUAGAUCCAUCUGCCGCAACGACGAAUACAGCCGCGGCGACACUGGCCGUGCUGCUUGACCCUAUUAUUGCGACGGGGGCGACGGCUGCGGCGGCUAUUCAGCUGUUACGGGAGUGGGGGGUGCAGAGGGUUAUUAUGUUGAGUGUGCUUGCUUCUGAGGAGGGGGUUAGGAGGGCUGCUGGGACUUGGGAGGGGGUUGAGGUUUGGGUUGGGGGGGUUGAUGGGGUUGUCAAUGAAAAGGGUAUGAUUUUGCCUGGGGUUGGGGAUAUUGGGGAUAGAUUGUUUGUUGCUAUUGGGAAGUAG